UUUUUUCAUAAUAAAUUAAAAAAAAUUAAAUAAACAAAAAAUAAAAUAACUAAAUAUGGGUUUAGACAUAAACGAAUUCAGACCAGAAAGAGGAGGUAAUCCUAACAAGGUAAGGGAAUCAUAAAAAAAAAGAAACGCAAAAAUAGAAUUAGUAGAUGAAGUAAUAGCAUUAGAUAAGGGGUGGGUUAAAACUUAAUUCAAUUAUGAAGCAGCUCGAAAAGAACUUAAUGAAAAGAAGAAACUAAUUGGAGAAAGAAAAAAAGCUAAUAAAAAUGACACUUGCGAUGAAUUAAUGAAAGAAAAAGAAGAGAUAGAAUAGAAAAUCGAAUAGUUAUAAUAAAUUAAUGUCUAAGCAAAAUUAAAUCUUGAUGAAAAAUUAAAAAAAAUAGGAAAUAUAGUUCACGAUACUGUUCCAGUUGAUAAUAACGAAGAUAAUAAUCGUAUAGAACGUACAUGGGGUGAAAAAAGAAUAUUGUAAAUAGAUGAAACGCCUGGAAAAGCUCAUCAUCAUUAAAUUUUAUAUAUGCUAGAUGGAUUUGAUUAAAAAAGAGGUUCUAAAGUUGUAGGACAUAGAGGAUAUUAUUUAAAGAAUUACGGCGUUAUUUUAGUUUAAGCCCUUUUAAAUUUCGGUUAAUAAUUUUUAAUGAAAAAAGCAUAUACUCCUAUUUAAACUCCUUUCUUUAUGAAAAAAUCAAUUAUGGCUGAAACUUGUUAACUUUCAGAUUUUGAUGAUUAAUUAUAUAAAGUAGAAUGUGGUAAACCCGAAGAAUCCAAAGAAGGAAAAACUGAAUAAACCGAAGAUUUUUAUUUAAUUGCCACAUCCGAAUAACCUAUUUCUGCCUAUCAUGGUGGCGAAUACAUUGACAACAAAGAACUUCCCAUUCGUUAUGCUGGACUCUCUUCGUGCUUCAGAAAGGAAGCAGGAGCAGCUGGUAAGGAAACCUGGGGUAUUUAUCGAGUACAUUAAUUUGAAAAAAUAGAAUAAUUUGUCCUCUGUAAGCCUGAAGAUUCAUGGCAAGAACUUGAAAACAUGAUUAAAAUAUCCGAAGAAUUCAUGCAAGCACUUGGACUUCCUUACAGAAUCGUAAAUAUAGUUUCUGGAGCUUUAAAUGACGCUGCGGCUAAAAAAUAUGACUUAGAAGCCUGGUUCCCUGGUUAUAGUUAAUAUAAGGAAUUAGUUUCUUGUUCAAACUGCACAGAUUUCUAAUCUAGAGGUUUAAAUGUUACCACAGGAGAUGUCAAAGAUAAAAAAGCAGAAAAAGUCUUUGUUCAUAUGCUUAAUGGUACUCUAUGUGCAGCUUAAAGAACACUUACUUGUAUUUUGGAAAAUUACUAAGAAAAAGAUGGAGUGAGAGUUCCUUAAGUAUUAUAACCUUUUGUUGGAGUAGAUUUUAUUCCCUAUAGAUAAGGUAUGCCUAAGAAAAAUGAAUUUUAAUGAAAAUUUUAAGUCUUUUUAUUUUUUUAUGUAAUUCUAUUUAAUAAAAAAUUAUUAAUUGUUUUUUAGGGAA